CUCUUUGGCAGUGGGACUUUAAGGUCAAGAUGAACCUCUAGUCUUGCUUUGAAAAAACCAUUCUCUGUAACUCUUGACUGUGACAGGUUCCUAAUACACCUGUUGGGACGAUCGCUAACACAGUAUACCAUUUGAGAGGUACUUUUUGUGACCCAAUACUGGUGAUUAGAGAAGACAGGUAUCUUGGUUUUUGUUUUUUUCUUUAAUCAUUAUGAACAUUGGCUUUUCACCCCUGAAGUGAAAAUGUUGAAAACUGAGUCUUCAGGUGAACGAACAACUCUCAGAAGUGCCUCUCCUCACAGGAAUGCAUAUCGAACUGAGUUCCAGGCACUGAAAAGUACCUUUGACAAACCCAAGUCAGAUGGGGAACAAAAAACAAAAGAAGGUGAGGGCUCCCAGCAGAGCAGGGGGAGGAAAUAUGGCUCCAAUGUCAACAGAAUUAAAAACCUAUUUAUGCAGAUGGGUAUGGAACCCAACGAGAAUGCUGCAGUCAUUGCCAAAACAAGGGGGAAAGGUGGACAUUCAUCUCCUCAGAGAAGAAUGAAGCCCAAAGAAUUUCUGGAGAAAACAGAUGGCUCAGUUGUUAAGUUGGAGUCCUCUGUUUCUGAACGAAUUAGUAGAUUUGACACAAUGUACGAUGGCCCUUCAUAUUCCAAAUUCACUGAGACUCGGAAGAUGUUUGAGAGAAGUGUGCAUGAAUCAGGACAAAACAACCGCUAUUCUCCAAAGAAAGAGAAAGCUGGAGGGAGUGAACCUCAGGAUGAAUGGGGAGGUUCCAAGUCCAACAGAGGCAGUACUGAUUCCUUGGACAGCCUUAGCUCCCGAACUGAGGCUGUCUCCCCAACUGUGAGUCAACUGAGUGCAGUAUUUGAGAACACUGAUUCUCCCAGUGCCAUCGUUUCUGAGAAGGCUGAAAACAGUGAAUACUCAGUGACUGGGCAUUAUCCCUUGAAUUUACCAUCUGUUACUGUUACAAAUCUUGACACCUUUGGCCACCUUAAGGAUUCUAAUUCCUGGUCUCCUUCAAACAAGCAAGGUGUUGAUACAGAGGAUGCUCACAAGAGUAACACAACUCCAGUAUCAGAAGUGGCUUCUAAAAGUACCUCUCUAGCUUCGAUACCUGGUGAAGAGAUCCAGCAGAGCAAGGAACCCGAGGACUCCACAUCUAACCAACAGACUCCCGAGAGCAUUGACAAAUACGGUCCUGAAGAACCUUGUGCUGAAAGUAAGGCAAUGCCAAAGUCUGAAAUCCCUUCACCACAAAGCCAACUGUUAGAAGAUGCUGAAACUAAUUUGCUUGAAAGUGAGGCAGCAAAACAACAGAGGAAAGAACUUGCAGGUGGUGAUUUUACCUCUCCUGAUGCUUCUGCAUCCAGUUGUGGAAAAGAAGUACCCGAAGAUUCAAACAGUUUUGAUAGUUCCCAUGUGUACAUGCACAGUGACUAUAAUGUGUAUAGGGUGAGAUCCAGGUAUAAUUCAGACUGGGGAGAGACAGGCACUGAGCAGGAUGAGGAGGAAGAUAGUGAUGAGAACAAUUACUAUCAGCCCGAUAUGGAAUACUCGGAAAUCGUUGGAUUGCCAGAAGAAGAAGAAAUCCCAGCAAAUAGGAAAAUUAAGUUUAGUAGUGCCCCUAUUAAGGUUUUCAACACAUACUCCAAUGAAGACUAUGACAGGAGAAAUGAUGAAGUUGACCCUGUGGCUGCUUCAGCUGAGUAUGAACUUGAAAAACGUGUAGAAAAGCUGGAACUUUUCCCAGUGGAACUAGAGAAAGAUGAGGAUGGUCUUGGUAUAAGUAUUAUUGGAAUGGGUGUUGGAGCAGAUGCUGGACUUGAAAAGCUGGGAAUAUUCGUCAAGACGGUAACAGAAGGUGGUGCUGCUCAACGGGAUGGCAGAAUACAAGUCAAUGACCAGAUUGUAGAAGUGGAUGGAAUCAGCUUGGUGGGUGUGACACAGAAUUUUGCAGCAACAGUUCUCAGAAACACCAAGGGCAAUGUCAGAUUUGUUAUUGGGCGGGAAAAACCAGGACAAGUGAGUGAGGUUGCCCAGUUGAUAAGCCAGACACUGGAACAGGAGAGGCGCCAGAGAGAGCUGCUGGAACAGCACUAUGCCCAGUAUGAUGCCGACGAUGACGAGACAGGAGAAUAUGCCACAGAUGAAGAAGAAGAUGAGGUAGGACCUGUCCUUCCUGGCAGCGACAUGGCCAUUGAAGUCUUUGAGCUGCCUGAGAAUGAGGACAUGUUUUCCCCAUCAGACCUGGACACAAGCAAGCUCAGUCACAAGUUCAAAGAGUUGCAAAUCAAACAUGCAGUUACAGAAGCAGAGAUUCAAAAAUUGAAGACCAAGCUGCAGGCAGCAGAAAAUGAGAAAGUGAGGUGGGAACUAGAAAAAACCCAACUCCAACAAAACAUAGAAGAGAAUAAGGAAAGAAUGUUGAAGUUGGAAAGCUACUGGAUUGAGGCCCAAACAUUAUGCCACACAGUGAAUGAACAUCUCAAAGAGACUCAAAGCCAGUAUCAGGCCUUGGAAAAGAAAUACAACAAGGCAAAGAAGUUGAUCAAGGAUUUUCAACAAAAAGAGCUUGAUUUCAUCAAAAGACAGGAAGCAGAAAGAAAGAAAAUAGAAGAUUUGGAAAAAGCUCAUCUUGUGGAAGUGCAAGGCCUCCAAGUGCGGAUUAGAGAUUUGGAAGCUGAGGUAUUCAGGCUACUGAAGCAAAAUGGCACUCAAGUUAACAAUAAUAACAACAUCUUUGAGAGAAGAACAUCUCUUGGUGAAGUCUCUAAAGGGGAUACCAUGGAGAACUUGGAUGUCAAGCAAACAUCUUGCCAAGAUGGCCUAAGUCAAGACUUGAAUGAAGCAGUCCCAGAGACAGAGCGCCUGGAUUCAAAAGCACUGAAAACUCGAGCCCAGCUCUCUGUGAAGAACAGACGCCAGAGGCCCUCUAGGACAAGACUAUAUGAUAGUGUUAGUUCCACAGAUGGGGAGGACAGUCUAGAGAGAAAGCCAUCAAACAGUUUCUAUAACCACAUGCAUAUUACCAAAUUACUUCCACCUAAGGGUUUGAGAACUUCUUCUCCAGAAUCAGAUUCUGGUGUUCCACCCCUCACCCCAGUGGAUAGCAAUGUGCCCUUCUCGUCUGACCACAUAGCUGAAUUUCAAGAAGAACCACUGGACCCAGAAGUGGGGCCUCUCUCCUCUAUGUGGGGAGACACUUCACUCUUUUCUACUUCAAAGUCUGAUCAUGAUAUGGAAGAAUCUCCUUGCCACCACCAAACCAGCAACAAGAAAAUAUUACAAGAAAAAGAUGAUGCCAAAGAUCCCAAAUCACUAAGGGCAUCCAGUUCGUUGGCGGUGCAAGGAGGAAAAAUUAAGCAGAAGUUUGUGGAUCUGGGGGCACCUUUGCGAAGGAAUUCCAACAAGGGAAAGAAAUGGAAAGAAAAAGAAGCCAGUAGGUUUUCUGCAGGUAGCAGGAUCUUCAGAGGCAGACUGGAAAACUGGACACCCAAGCCACGUUCAACAGCUCAGACCUCCACUCGUUCCCCUUGCAUGCCUUUUUCAUGGUUUAAUGACAGCCGGAAAGGAUCCUAUUCCUUCAGGAACCUGCCUGCACCUACAAGUUCCCUUCAGCCUUCUCCUGAGACUCUAAUUUCAGAUAAAAAGGGGUCUAAGAAUUUUACCUUCAAUGAUGACUUCAGUCCCAGCAGUACCAGUUCAGCAGACCUCAGCGGCUUAGGAGCAGAACCUAAAACACCAGGGCUCUCUCAGUCCUUAGCACUGUCAUCAGAUGAGAUCCUUGAUGAUGGACAGUCUCCCAAACACAGUCAGUGUCAGAAUCGGGCCGUUCAGGAAUGGAGUGUGCAGCAGGUUUCUCACUGGUUAAUGAGCCUAAAUCUGGAGCAGUAUGUAUCUGAAUUCAGUGCCCAAAACAUCACUGGAGAGCAGCUCCUGCAGUUGGAUGGAAAUAAACUUAAGGCUCUUGGAAUGACAGCAUCCCAGGACCGAGCAGUGGUCAAAAAGAAACUCAAGGAAAUGAAGAUGUCCCUAGAGAAGGCUCGGAAAGCCCAAGAGAAAAUGGAAAAACAAAGAGAAAAGCUAAGGAGAAAGGAACAAGAGCAAAUGCAGAGGAAGUCCAAAAAGACAGAAAAGAUGACGUCAACUGCAGCCGAUGGUGCUGGUGAGCAGUGACACAUACCCUCUUACUGAAGAUGGAGAUUAUCCAAGAGAAGUCCCCACCUCUUCCUGCCCUGCUCUCCUCCAGAGGGUGAAGAAGAAACUAAAUGAUAAGGGUAAUGCGGCUCUAGGCCAGCUGAGGAACCGUGUGUUGAAUAACUGCAUUUUCUGCAAUAGAAGGCACUCUUAAUUUUAACUACUGAAAUAGUCCCAAGCCACCUUUGAUUUAUUAACAAACCAGACAUUUCAAUUAAGUAGCUGUGUUUUGCUCUUCUCUAACUUAGCAACAUCUUGUGUUGUGUUGGGUGUGUUUUGUCACUUGGAGAACUAGCUUGACCCCACCCAACAAGAGCAUGAUACACCCUGGUGUUGUUGAUGGAGCACUGUGAAUUUUCAGUUUGGGAUCCUGAAAUGGCAAUUGCACAUGUCUGCAUGGCAGAGAGCACCCUGCCAUGAGAUCUGGACCAGUACUUACUUCUAGGGCUGCAAAACCUACUCCAGUGUGUGGGAAAGAUUCACUCUUAAUUCUGAGUCUGGACAGUAAGACCACCCUGCUGUGGAAACAUGGGUGCUCUGCUCCAUAGUUACCUACUAAGGGAAAAGGCAAGCAAGCCAUUCUGCUUGCUAGGCAUCAAAAAGAAAGAAAAGAAAUUAUAGUUAUUUGUUAACCACUGAAAAAAGCAAAAGCCUUAAGAUUGUGUAUGUGAGUAUUACCUUAGGUUCUGAGAGUAAUAUUUAUCCUCUAGAUAUAGCUGAACACGAAAGAAAAAAAUCAGACAUUAAUGCAGCCAUGGGAUAUUGGGAUCUGUUGACCUUGCUACUGUUGUGUGUUCAGCAUCUCAGCAACACUGGCAAACACAACACAGUUCCCCUUCCCCCCACCCAACCCAAGAAAUUGAACAGGAAAUUGAUUUUUAAGGAAACCACCAUUUUCAGGUUUCCUCUCCUGGGGAACAUUCUGGCUGGUCUUCAGCCUGUCUAUGUCACAAUCAGGAACUCAUCACAUAUUUUCUACUCAAGAUUUCCCAGGUGGGCUCAGUUAGUGUUUUAACAAAUGUACUUUUAAGAAAAAUAGAAAUACGAGUUCGAGGAAAUUUAGCUUUGAAUAAUGUUCAACUGGAGAACCAAUUUUUUUUUAGUACAAAGAAUGUUCCUAUAAAGAAGAACUGUCAGUUAACAUUUUAGAGAGAUUUUGAAUGGUUUUUUGAGCCAUUCCUUUCCAUACUUUAAAGAUUUCCAAUUUUACAGAAAAAGUUUGUUUAAGGCAGUGCAUAGGAUACACUUUAGUAGUGGAGGAACUUAUACUAAUUUUAAGCCAGUAUUAAGGAUUUCUGUAUUUCACCAAACUAAGUCCUAAGUGCAAGAGACUGGGGCAGAAGAAGGAGAAAAUAAACUCGUUUUGAGAAAUCUCAAGUGAUGAGGGUUUUUUGGGUUUUUGUAUUUUAUGCUCAUGUAUCUGGUUCUCUUUGCUGCAUUGACUCUAAAACUGAGGUUAUCCACUUUCCAAAGGACAAGUUUCAAAAUAAGACUUGAGGCCACAUGAGUUCUUGGACGGUAUUUUACUUUUUUUACUUUAUGGGAAUCUCUGCUCCAUUCCCGGCAUCAUCGUAUCUUCCACUGGAAGUAUUCCAUAUGCAGGGCCUGGGCAAGGCUUUUGAGUGUAACAGAUUAAGGGAACUCCCUUAUAGCCCCAUCUUGUAUUUUAAUAACAGUGUGAUUUUUUUCUUUAAAACAAAUUUUUUUUUGCUUAUCUGAAAAUCUGAAUUCGGAAAUUAUCUAAACUAGACAUUUUUAAUUCUGUUCUACCCCCAAGGCCUGUUUUCUUUUCAUUGCCAGAGUAUUGUCUGUUAUGCUUCAGCUCGUUUGUCAUUAGGUACAGACCAUUCAUUCAAGCCUCAGAAACGUUGAUGUGAAGUAACAUCGUGUUCUACAGUUAUCAAAGUCACCAUUAUGUUUUUCUGUCUGUCUUCAUUUGGGGUAUGAUAAUGAAACUGCCAUAUUGGAUACUCUAUUAAUAUCUUGAGAUGUCUGGUGCUUUGUUAUUUAUUAACAUCAUGAGAAAUAAGAAGCCAAUAUUAAUGAGCGAUAAAAUUUGGCAAAAUUUUCCAAUACUAAAACACUAAAUUAGUAAAAAUCUGGUAAUAUUAGUGCUUGCUAUUGUAAAUUUUUGUCAUUUUUGCUUAUCUUUGGGAAAAAAGUGACCUGGAUCACACUGGAAAUUUCACUGUAUUCAAGAGUAGAAAUAGAAGGAUGAUUAUCUGAAGUUAUGUUUACACUUUGGUAAUAUUUGAAAAUGGAUGUAUAUACUGGAAAUGUCUGUAAGUGUCUUGUUUUUGCACCUAAUUUAUGAUCUAUUAUAUUGCAUUUUCUUAAAUGUCUUAGAAGUAUUUUUCUUUAUAACUUUGUACAUUGAAUGUUUAGAUCAAUGUCCAACUGACAAUGUUAUAAAUCAAAUUCUUAUUCCUUAAAUCAUUUAGUAUUAUAACUAUUUUGAUUUUUUAGUUAAAUUAUAGUAAUUUUAGUCCUAAAUGAGUUAUUUUAGCAUUACCACUUAAAACAGAUGAAAUUGUAAAAGUCACUUGGUUUGAUUGCCCCACAAAGCAUACCCUGAUGAAGGGUAUGAAAACAAAGUGAAAGACCUCAGAUCUUGUGCGCAUUUUGUUUUCCUAUUAUUUCUUUUAUUGACUGUAGUGCAUGAUACCUAAUCGAGGCUCCAAUGUCUUGCACAAUUCCUACUUUAAUGCUAGUGGUUUUCACUGUCCUUACAAUUUAAUACAGAAUUGUUACUUCAUCAACCUUAAAAACUCUGCAGUUUUUUAUUAUCAGAAAAUGAACAAAAAAGGGAAUAUCUGGAUGCUAUGAACUGUAUUCCCUAAAGAAGAGCUCAGUAUGAUUCUAACAAUAGCCAAAAGUGUUUUGGGGUAUAGGUUAUGCUUUGCUGGGAGGGAUUGUGUGGUGAAGAGGCCAAGCUGCAGACAGAAAGCAUUGUAUGAGCUGUAUCUGGGUCAGGGUUUUCCAUUAAAGGAUGUUAGUUUUAUAACAGAUUACUUUGUUUAAGACCAUCUCCCUUCAAGUAACUCACAGAUUAUGUAAUACUUAUCUCAUUCUUUUUUUUUGCCUGAAUCAGGAAUUUACUGCAGAAUGUUAAGUUAGGGAAGAAACCUCAUUUCAUCCAUUCUAACAUUCCUGAUGAAGUCCCCCUUUAGUUUCAUGACAAUAAAGCUGUACUGUGGCUAUCGUCCUUUAGCUGGGAUUGACACUGACUUCACACCCUCAACAUCACACAAACUUUUUUAACCCACAGCAGUUCAUGAUUGCAGUAUGAUAGGUGCUAAAGCCAAACUCAGCUUUCAACUGGCACAAAAUGGGACUGUCUACCUUUUGCCCCAUUGUUGUUGGAAACAAAGUGGCAAGAGGGAAAAUGAGGAACCAGAUUUACCUUUGCCACUUUCUGUGAUACUGUAGUCAUCCCUAGCCUGAAAUCUUAAAAUAUCCCAGACCCAAGCUACAAAAAUGGUCACAGGUGGUUUGAUCUAGCACCUCGGCCGUUAGAGUUUCUGCUGAAGACAAACUCAUCUGGGUUCGUUGUGCACCAGAAUUAACAUGUGCUUGAAAAUUGCAUUUUGUGAAAAGGAAAUAAAAAUUUCCAUUCAUAUAGAUACUCUGAUUCAUGUUUAAGUGUUGAAGGUUAUGCAGACUAAACUUCAAGAGGAAAUCCAGUGUUUAACAGUAGUGUUCUAGAGGAUUCUAAAGGAAGCUGUCCCAGCAACCCUGAGAGAACCAUCUACACUUUGUAUAUGUUGUAGCCCCAUCAUUACACUGAGAUAUUUCCAUUUGAGUAACUAAAGGUACUCCUGACAGAGCUGGAGAUGAGGGACACUUUGGUGGACAGUGGUCACUAGGGUUCACGUCACCUACUUAAUGCAAAGACCUUAGUGGUCUCAGAAUGAAAAGGUAAAAUGGAAGAGAAAAGCACAGUUCUUUUCUAUCUUUUAAAAUUUACUUUUUAUCAAGGAUGUACCUGUACACUAUUGUAAAGCUAAGCAAGUCCAGAAAUAAAAUGUCCAUAUUUUCUUUCUUUCUUUCUUUUUUUUUUUUUUUUUUUUUUUUUUUUCUGUCAUCUGUCACCCAGACUGGACUGCAGUGGUACCAUCAUGUCUUACUGCAGCCUCAAACUCCUGGGCUCAAGCGAUCCUCCUGCCUCAGCUUCCCAAGUAGCUGGGACUACAGGCAUGUGCCACCACCCCCAGCCAAAACAUCCAUAUUUUCUAUUAGAAUCGUUUACAUUAUGAUGGGCGGUGGGAAGCUGGGGGAGGGUUGUACAUUCCCAAAAGAGAGCAGGGUUAUAGGAAAUCCGAAUGUGCUUCAGUGAUUCACUCCUGAAAAGCAGCCUGGGUAUGUUGGCAGAUUUUGUUUGCAUUUGUCUUGCAUAUUUAAAGUCUCAGGAAAUCUAGUCUUGGUCCAAAACACUGGAGAAAAAAAUAAUACCAGACAAAACACAUUUGAGUAACUUGAAGUAGCGGCAUAGAAUAGGCCCAACUAAGAAGUUGGAGGGGCAGAGAGAAAGCCGACAGAAUCAGCUUCUCCUGGUAAGUGAAAGCAACAAGUUCUAUGUAUGGUAGACAGAGGGUCCUUAUUUGCUUGUGCAUGGUGUCUAUGUGGGCCUAUUGAGGGAAUGGUAGUUACUUGAAGGUUCGCAUAUGUAAGCAUGUGGACCCAGCACAGCCUGUGACCUGAUUCAGAUCUUCAAGAGUGGAGAAGGAAAGAAAUAUGAUGAUUUCCUAUGCUUGACCCUAACCCAACCCCAAAACUGCUAGGGAUUCAACAGUAAGAUGUAAGGAAUAAGAGAACAGACAACUUCUCAACAAUGUGCAUGCCAUUUGUGUAGAUGUUCAGAACUACAUAUGUGUGAAUAUAACUCCCACCUUACACAUGCACACACGCUGCAAUCACAUGGCAUUAAAAAAUACAUUGUGUAUGGAACUUGGUAAGGUCAGUCAGGACCUGGAGCUGUAAUCAUAGCCUUAUUACCACUUCUUGUGUUGUGUAUACAUUGAAUGGCUCAUAGAUUUUAAGAGAUUUUUUUAUUGUAAGUAUUUCUACUAAAUGCACUUAUCCUUCUAUAUGUUUAUAUAUUUUGGUAAAAUUGAUUUAUCAGAUACUUGGUAUUUUAGUAAGAAAAUUUCCUCAAAUAUUUGGCUAAUGCUUUGAUGUCAAGGUUGCAUAUUGCUGAGUUGGAGCUCAGAAGAAAUUUAUGCAGCUUCGGGCAUUUUCAACUGCAGACUGCAGUUUUCUUGGCUAAAAAUUGCACUGUGUGUUCUUGUGAAUUUGCUCACAAUUCUAAAAUGACAUAAUUGGUGGCUGUGAUGCUUAAAGUCACUGCCUACUGACUCUCUUAUGGUGAAUGCUGCCAUCAUAUGAUCAUUUAUUUACUUUUUGUGCAAGUGAUGGCAUUUUGGUUGUUGCCAAAAACAGCACAAGUGGUUGGGAGUGUAUGUUGUUGGAAGGUGUACAUUUUCUGUUUCUUUCAGCUAUAUUAUUUAUACACCCAGGUUUUCUGUCAAGGAUGUAAUCAUUCAUUCAUGAAAGAACAAUUGGCAAGAAAUAAUUAAAUUACCUUAGAAAGUAAAAAUUAAGAGGCACUCCAGCCAGAUAACACCUCCCAACAACAUGAAAUUUAGUUAGUGCUUAGUGAAAUUCCUUAAAUAUAUAUGUAUAUGUUUUAUUCAACAUUAUUUAAUAUCAUAACUACUGCUUUUGUAUUUUUUAAUGGUGUUGCAACCACUUGUACAUCUGCUACAACUUACUGACAAAACUGGGCAGCUGAAAAUAAAAGAGAAUAAAUUCUAUUCCACUGUAAGAAGUUGAUUUCUUUUCCGCUUUCUUUGUAUAUCAGUAAAGAACAAGAAUUGUUUGAAAAUAAUUUUAAGUCUGAUAGGUAUGGAUAGCAUGUUACCUAAGCGUUUAAUUUGUACAUUUUGAUGUCUGAUCAUUUGCAUGGAAGAGACAAUAGUGCCACGUCUGAAUUGUUCUCUUGUGCUUGGUUAAUAUGUACUUCUCUAGAUUGUUCAAAAAGUUUCAAAUGACAUUCCUUACUCUUUGGUUUUCAGAGGCAUUCAAGCAAAAUAUCACAGUUUGUUUUAUGACCAGUCUAACAAUACCUGUGAUUAAAUUUAAUUUGUUAGUGUAAAUAAAUUUCUUGCCAAUGAGUAUUAUUGUUGUUAGACAACGAAUGCAAUAAAAAGAGAAAUACUGAG